AUGGCAGUAAAGACCGAUAUGUCGAAAGCGUAUGACAGAAUAGAAUGGAGUUUUAUUUCACAAGUGCUUCAACGUUUAGGCUUUCAAGAUAAGUGGGUCAGGUUGAUCAUGCAAUGUGUAACGACUGUUUCCUACUCCUACUUAAUCAAUGAUUCGGUUCAGGGCUCAGUUAUACCUAACAAAGGAAUCAGACAUGGAGAUCCUCUGUCUCCCUACCUGUUUAUUCUAUGCAGCCAAGUUCUAUCGGUACUAUGCCAAAAGGCCGAGAAAGAAGGUACCUUGCAAGGGAUUCGAGUGGCUAGGGGAAGUCCGAGGGUUAACCACUUGUUGUUUGCUGAUGAUACGACGUUCUUCUGCUACUCAUCCCUGGCUAACUGCAACAAACUAAAGGACAUCUUAUGGGAAUAUGAGCAAGCUUCUGGCCAGAAGAUCAACAAGGAGAAAUUUGCAAUCACUUUCUCCUCCAAGACAUCUGCUAAGACAAGAGAAAAUGUUAAAACCCUGCUGGGAAUUAGGAAAGAAGGAGGAACAGGCAAAUACUUGAGAUUACCUGAACAUUUUGGUAGAAGAAAGAAGGACUUGUUCACGGCCAUAGUCGAUAGAAUUCGCCAACGAGCAUCCAGUCUAUCAGCGAGGUUCUUAUCCAGAGCAGGCAAGCUUACGAUGCUGAAAUCCAUGCUUACGGCCAUCCCUACGUUCUCCAUGUCGAAGAUAUCAUGGGUAGCAUGGGACAAAAUCACUAAGCAUAAGGUGGGAGGAGGCUUAGGAAUCAGAGACAUCCAGACGUUCAACCAAGCGCUAUUAGCUAAACAAGCUUGGCGUAUACUUACAAAACCCGACAGUCUACUAGCUCGAGUACUACUAGGAAAGUACUGCCACUCUAAGCCCUUUCUUGAGACUCAAGUUCCAGCGGUGUGUUCACAUGGGUGGAGGAGUAUUCUACAUGGGAGGGAUCUCUUAAAAGGAAACCUAGGAAAGGCUAUAGGUAAUGGUGAGACUACUAAAGUCUGGAAAGACUCGUGGAUAUCACUAAACACACAGGUGAGACCUUUUGGACCUAUACCAGAAGCAGCAUUGGAUCUUACAGUAUCAGAUCUACUCACGUCGGAUAUGCAAUGGAAUCAAGAUAAGAUCGAAACUGUCUUACCUCAUUUGGCUAAGGAGAUUCAAAUGCUGCAACUAAGCCUCUCAAAAGCUGAAGACUCCUUUGUAUGGCAACCACUACAGUGUGGAGUGUAUACUACCCGAUCAGGAUACUUCUCUGCCACGAUGCAGACAGCUACAAAUCCAAAUUCGUCUGAACCAGUAGCUUUUAGCUGGGUAAAAGACGUUUGGUCUGAAGCUUGUUCACAAAAAAUGAAGCUCUUUCUGUGGUCUAUCAUCCAGAGAGCUCUGCCGUUGGGGGAGAACCUACAACAGAGAGGAAUGGUUUCAGGUUCGCUCUGUAAAAGAUGCAACGAAUUAGAAACUGCAACUCAUGCCUUCUUUCACUGCCCCUUUGCUAAAGAAGUAAGGAAACGUAUCCCACUAAAACAUGCAGUUCACCUAGCUGCAGGGACGAAGUUUACUGAAGCCGUCGUGAGGUUUAAACAGGCGGUCUGUCUACCACCAACAGGAAUCACAAGCACGGUACUUCCUUGGAUCUGUUGGGUACUCUGGAGUGCACGAAAUCAACUGGUCUUCGAGGAUAAAACUCUUUCUGCUACAGAGACUGCAUCAAGGGGGCUAUGGUUAGCAAGAGAAUGGAUCACAGCACAAAACCUAAUCAAACCGAGUACGAGAUUCAUACCUCAGACGACCAGACACCUGAAUCUAACGACGGGAGAUUCCUUAAUCGUGACUUGUAGAACUGACGCGGCAUGGAAUACUCAAUCGAAGAGGGCUGGUUUGGCUUAG